AUGGUAGACAAAGAUGAGCCACAUACCUUCCAGGUCGACGAUUCUCUUUCCAGGAUGAACGAGAAUGCCACAACCGAAUUGAGCCAGGCCGUCGAAGAAAUGCUGAAUAGCAUCACAACAAAGUUCUCUGUUGUGUCCGCAGAGCUUCUGGAGAAGAUGGAUGAAAUGUCCAGAAGACUGGACAACCUGGAAACUACGAUCCAGGCCAGCGCGAGGAGUCCGGCUAAGGGUGAAAGCAGUAAAUCGGGGGCUUGA